AAUCUGCCAAAACAUCACCAUACAUCAUAAAUCUUUACCUUCCCCAGACUGUUGUGUGGGCAAAGGGUGAAAGUCUCUGGUUUAGCACAAUAAGCCCCGCUGUUUCUCUGUGAGUGAACUGCAAAGAGGGCUUUUUUUUUUUCUGCAAUUUUCCCACUAGGGUUUCGUUUCCAGUUGCAAAGCUCGCAAUAGUCGGCCUCUCAUAUCCUGUAAUUUUAUAUUGCUAAAACCCCUGCCUUCUAUUUUCCAAUCAAUGCUUCGUUUCUUGUCCAAAUUACUCACAAAUCAUAACUCCAAAACGGGUUGCACUCGAUUUGUUCGAACGCUUUCAUCUUCAAGCUCAAAAGCUCACGAUUUAACACUCCAUUACCUCACCAACUCAUGUGGGAUGUCUCUACAAAGUGCUACUUCAGCUUGCAAGUUUGUUCGUAUUCAGAGCGAAGAUAAAGCGGAUUUGGUUCUUCAACUGCUAAGAGCUAAAGGGUUUACUCUAUCUCAAAUUGCUUCCUUAAUUUCAAACCGACCAUAUAUUAUUUCAUCCGAUCCAGAUAAAAUCCUUAAACCCAAGCUCGAAUACUUUGAGUCACUGGGUUUUGCAGCUCCCUCGCUUCCCAAUAUGCUAUGUGCUGAUGCAACGAUUCUAUCAACUAGUUUAAAGAAUCGGAUUUUGCCUAACAUUGAUUUUCUUAGGGGAUUUCUUGAGACCGAGGAUGAUGUUCUCUGGACCUUGAAGCGAUGGUUCAGUGUCGUUAGGUACGAUACUGAAUUGAUGAUGUCUACGAUAUGCACUUUGUGUGCUUGUGGUGUGCCAGUACCCACUAUUAGGAAGCUAGUACUAUUGCACCCUAAACUACUAAUUAUUGGAUUUUAUUCUUAUGAAGAAAAGAUUCAAGAACUCAAGGGAAUGGGGAUUGAGCCGACGAGCAAGGUAUUUCUGACUGCUUUCUUUUCUAUGUGCGUCAUGAGCAGAAGGAAGUGGGAAAGGAAAAAGAAAUUCUUAAUGAGCUUUGGUUGGUCUGAAAGAGAUUUUCUUAUGGCUUUUAGAGUACAGCCAUUAUUUGUGACUACAUCUGAGCAGAAGAUGAAGAAAGUAAUGGAGUUCUAUCUGACCAAAGCCGGUUUGCAGGUUUCAGAUCUUGUUAGAUCCCCACAUCUUCUUAGGAUUAGUUUGGAGGGAAAUGCGAUACCAAGAUGCUCUGUUUUGGAAGUGCUAAUGUCGAAGGGCUUGAUUAAGAAGAAAUUAAAUGUUGUUGCGGCAUUAAGGAUGUCUAGAAAACCAUUCGAAACCAAAUAUUUAACUUAUUUCAAGGAGGACUGCCCUGAGUUGAUCCAGGCAUACCAAGCCAAGACAUUUCAAGGAUUUGGUAUGAACAUAUGAUGGGUGAUUUUAUAAAGGAAGCUUUGGUCACAAGAGAUGCAGAAGAAACAGCUGCUAUGGUUUUGACAAUAUGCAGUUAUGCAUUGGUUGGACCCAUAAAAGCAUCUCAUGCUUGGAUCAGACUGAUUGACCAUGAUAACUUCUUAAGCUUGUUCUAAAAAGUUUCAUAUCAUGGAAGAAAAUUUUUGGAGCACAUUAAUUGCUGAUCCUUUGAUCAGAGGUAGAACUGCUUAAUAUGAUUUUGUAACUCUGCAAAGCGUAGACAACUUAUUUGUUUAUUUAUUUUUGGUUGAGCCAAGGAUAUUGUUUACAGAACUCUAGUAUCUACAUGCCAGAUUGAAGUUCUUUGAUCGCCCUCUGUCUAUGAAUUGUUUUGUUCAUUUGUUUUUUGGGAGUGGGAAACAGGAAAUGAGUUGCUAUUGUAUGAUAUGGUGCUGGGUUUUCUGUGAGCAGGGAAGACUGGGAGAAGAAACUUAGUUGCAGAGAACCAUGCAUUUGCAACCUUGUUAGUAAUACUAGUUUGCUGCUUGAAAAUUUUUUUCCCUGCCCUUUUUCUUAUUAUUGUUUGUUUUGUGAUCUGCUCCCGCCUCCUCUGUCAUAUAGCUGAUGGUUCUUUGCUUUUAGGAGAAUUUUAUGAAGUUCCACAAAGCUAAUGACAUGGUUGCAUAGUCCAUUGAGUGAUACUGUCCCUGAUAUCACCAGAACAAAAUGAUUGCUAAUAUGGUUUAUGCUUGGAAGAGUUUUAUCUGCAAAUUUUGGUUUGAUUUAUGUAAUUAUUUAUUUUGUAAACUAUAUCAUGAUUGAAUUCAUCUGUCUGGUAAACUGAUUUGGAAUCUUAA